CGUUAAUUGACGUCAUCUCCUUAUUUGCAUAAUUGGCCACGUGAACGUAAUUGUGAUGGAUGCUGUAGGAGAGAAGAAUAAAGUCGUGGGAGAGACAAAAAAUGGGUACGUGCAAGCAGGUACUUGUCCUAGCUAUUUUCUGUCUGUCAGCAUCAGUGAUGUACUCCUUCAUAUACCACUAUAGCACACCAGAGGAAGACUCGUAUCAAUUAGUUCCUCAGCAAAUAAGUUCUUGCAGAUUGUGUUCUAUUUGUCCCUGUGAAUGAAUAGAGCCGUACCAUCCACCAGUCUCAGACAACCCAAUUGCACCUGUCAGGGAAGCAGAGUGUUCAUACUGAAAGAUCACCUUCCAAAAGACCGGUAUGAUGACAUAGUCAAACGAAGAGCUGAGGAGUACAGGAAGCAUCAUAUCAGGACAAGCUCCAGUCUGAACAGGCUUGUUUUUGCUCCAUCCAACUCCCCUCUUCAGUAUCCAAUCCAGGGGUUCACUGUUGUCCCUCUUCAGAAGACAUUGAUACCAGGUUUAGCUCUCCAUGCAGCAAAAAGACAAAGUUACAAGGUGACUCUGAGUGUGUCCAGUGGUGUCCUGGCCAUCAUGGCCCUUGGAGAGGGAGACAAAGAGGGACAGGUAGAGAAAGAGAUCACUGUCCAGUCUACCAGCCUAUCUGACCUCAACAAUCUUCUGGGACGAAUUACCUACACCAGCACUGUGUACCGGAUGAGGACUGGAGACUUGGCUCACUUCACGUUUGAACACCAUGAGGCUGUCUUCCCUAUUGUCAUCCAGCAGACAUCAAUGCCUGUUUUAUAUGACAUAGGAAACGAUAUCAACUACCGGGUGACCGUCGUCACCAAGACGUUUCUGAGAUACACCGAGCUGCAGGUCCUCAUCAGUAGCAUAAGAACCUAUUACAAGGACAUCAAAAUCAUCAUCGCCGACGACAGCCUGGAGCCACAGAAAGUGAACGGCCCCAACAUUGAACAGUACAUCAUGCCCCCAGCACAGGGCUGGUUUGCUGGCAGGAACCUGGCUGUCUCGCAGGUUACUACCAAAUACUUCCUCUGGGUCGAUGACGACUUCCUGUUCACAGACAAAACGAAGAUUGAGAAUCUGGUGGAGGUGAUGGAGGCCACACCAGAACUAGAUGUGGUGGGGGGCUCUGUGGCGGGCCACGGCCAGUUCUACUUCUCUUUGGUGUACGAGGAGGGUAAUGGGGAGGACGGGGGUUGUCUGAACAGAAAGGGUGCAGUGAAAUACCAACCUGUUCCAGGCUUCCCCACCUGCUCCUUCACCAGCGGGGUGGUCAACUUAUUCCUUGGUCGCACCGACGCCGUGCGCAAAGUGGGCUUUGACCCCCGGCUGAAGAGAGUGGCGCAUUCAGAGUUCUUUGUGGAUGGGUUGGGCAGUUUGCUGGUUGCCAGCUGUAGUCAUGUCAGCAUUGACCACCAACCCAAAAUUGAAAACGCAAAGUACUCGUCGUUCCGACAUCAACAAUCAAAAGAUGUAGAAGACAAACUAGCCCACCACUUCUUCAAGAACCACCUGAAAUGUAUCCAUUAUGGAUAGUUUACAAAGAAGUAAACAGUGAAAAUAGAGGCGCAAUAGUGAGGUGCACCAUUCCAAAUAUGUAAUCGCGGCAUCCCGUCUGUAGUGGUGCAGUUCUCUGCAAAAAAUGUACAGGAAGCAAAUGAGUAGGAGGCGACAAAACCAGUAUCUUUUUUUGACUGUUUGUGAAAAAAAUAAAGGUUUUACGGAGUCACAUUUAGAAUGGUCUGAAAACUGUUGCUCUAGGUACUUUCUCCUCUACUGAGUUCUGUGCUCACAAGAGCGAUAGAGUAUAG